AUGGAGGAAAGUCCUGGACUGGGCCAUGGCUGUAAGACACAGGCAUUAUGUACCUACAAAGAAGAGCCAUUCUCACCAGUGGAAAUUAAAGAGGAAAACCAUUCUGAUUUUGGAGAAUAUGAAGACGCUGACUCAUCACCUACAAAUGCUGGAAAGAUCAGAAAAGGGAAGAGUUUCAAGAGCAGGUCUGAUCUCAACCCACAUCAGAGAACACCUACUGGAGUAAAGCCAUAUCAUUGUUCAGAUUGUGGAAAGAGUUUUACUCGGGCAUAUCAUUUGAAGACACAUCUGAUAAUCCAUACUGGAGAAAAGCCAUAUCAGUGUUCAGAUUGUGGAAAGAGUUUUACUAAGGCAAGUAAUCUCAAGAUACAUCAGAUGAUCCAUACUGGAGAAAAGCCAUAUCAUUGUUCAGAUUGUGGAAAGAGUUUUGCUCAGACAGGUUAUCUCAAGAUACAUCAAAGAACACAUUCUGGAGUGAAGCCAUAUCAGUGUUCAGAUUGUGGAAAGAGUUUUAAUCAGGCAUGCGAUCUGAAGACACACCAGAGGAUCCAUACUGGUGAGAUGCCAUAUCAUUGUUCAGAUUGUGGAAAGACUUUUCCUCAGGCACGUACUCUGAAGAUACAUCAGAUGAUCCAUACUGGAGAAAAGCCAUAUCAGUGUUCAUAUUGUGGAAAGAGUUUUACUCGGGCACAUCAUUUGAAGACACAUCUGAUGAUCCAUACUGGAGAAAAGCCAUAUCAUUGUUCAGAUUGUGGAAAGAGUUUUACUAAGGCAAGUGAUCUCAAGAAACAUCAGAUGAUCCAUACUGGAGUAAAGCCAUAUCAGUGUUCAGAUUGUGGAAAGACUUUUACUCGGGCAGAUGAUCUCAAGAAACAUCAGAGGAUCCAUACUGGUGAGAUGCCAUAUCAUUGUUCAGAUUGUGGAAAGACUUUUGCUCAGGCAGGUACUCUGAAGAUACAUCAGAUGAUCCAUACUGGGGAGAAGCCAUAUCAUUGUUCAGAUUGUGGAAAGAGUUUUGCUCAGACAGGUUAUCUCAAGAUACAUCAAAGAACACAUUCUGGAGUGAAGCCAUAUCAGUGUUCAGAUUGUGGAAAGAGUUUUAAUCAGGCAUGCGAUCUGAAGACACACCAGAGGAUCCAUACUGGUGAGAUGCCAUAUCAUUGUUCAGAUUGUGGAAAGACUUUUCCUCAGGCACGUACUCUGAAGAGACAUCAGAUGAUCCAUACUGGA